GCCAACAAAAUAAACAAUUUCGUCCACUACUUGCCACAAGUCACAGUUUAUAACACUAUAAUAUACUAGCCUAUAUAAAUACAUGUAUUUUUUGUCGUAAAAGGUAUUCGUAUUGUCAUGAUGAUAUGAGUAAAAUGGAAAUGAACACUAACAGAGUUGGAAGUAAAAUAGAUGAUAUAAAGAUGAUUAUAAAAUGGCAGACAAGGAUGUGAAACAUGUGGACAUUACUCUGACAGAAGAAGAACUUAAUACAAAGGUUAAUAAUAAUAUAAGCUGUGAUGUAGAAGGUUGUAAUAAAACAUUUACUAGUGGUGGAUCUUAUUUACUACAUAAAACUAAAACACAUCCUGCUGAAGGACAGAUAGCAUCCCUUCCAAAAAAAAAAAAUUCUGAUGUUGUCUAUAGAUAUCAUUGUCCAGUAUCUAAUUGUCUGUACAAUCCACAAUCAGAGAGAUUUUUCAGUUCACAGAAAUAUCUCAAACAGCAUUAUGGGAAAGUUCACGGGGAGAAAAAGUACUUGUGUGGAACAUGUCAAAAAGGGUUUGCCUUUGAUAGAGAUUUGAAACGUCAUGGAGAAACAUGUGGUGUUACUUUUAAAUGUGUUACAUGUGGGUGUCCUUUUACCAGUCCUGAAGCAGUCUUAACACAUUGUAAAAGAAAGCAACAUCAGGCACCGGAUUCAGCCAGAUCUUCUAAACGUGGAUUAAAGAAAUUAGAAAAAGACAAAAAAUCUGCUGAAGUUAAAGCUGUUUCUCCUAAUCCCUGUAUAAUAAUCAUUAAUCAAACCAAUAAACCUCUUACUGUACCAAACUCCAUUCCCAUAUCCAAGUCAAAUUUAUCGGAAUUACCCCUGAUAAUGCCCAAACAUCAAUUUUCUUCUUCUGUACUGGUACCGGGAAACUACAAUAAUAAUAUCAAAUCACUGAAUAUUAAAAACUUUCCCCAAAUAUCUUCUGACAAAAACAAGGUUGAUUUUUAUUCCCAUAAUAAGAUUUGCAAUCCAGCUGGUAAUACCUCACACGCGUCAACAACUAUUAAUUUGUGUUCUCCUUCCACCAGUGUUAGCCAACAAAAUUCGUAUUCCUUAGAUCCCGGAAUUUCAAAGAUUAUGCCCUCACAGCAAACUGUAGCAGGAAUUCAGACUGACAUAUAUGGAGUAGGAACUCUUUGUUUUGACUCUAAUGAUGCAUAUCCCAAUUUUGGUGCCAUUUCCUUUGCGUCCACAGGAACUCAGUCUGAUGUUGCUAAUGCUGCUGCAGAGACGUCAACUACUGGAAUCCAGACCUCGGUUUCUUUUCUACCCAGCAAGAAAAAAGAUUGUAGCAUAGCAGGGACCCAAACUCCCAAUGAGAACAUAUUGGAUAAAGCACUCAAAUCAGCCCAAAUACCUACUCAGUCUCCGAUAUGUCAGAGUUUAAAAAGAUCUAGAAAGACCAGUGAAGUCCAAACAAGUGGGGUGUUCUCUACGAAAAAGAAAAGACGAAAAUCCAAAAAUACUCUCCAUGCUACAACUGGAACUGAUGCAUUGUUACCAAAUCAUUUCCAGAUGACUCUUGAUGAUUUUUCUUCAAACUGGACCCAGACAAACCUUUCCACGUUUCAGCCGAGACAGGAUUCAAAUCUUCUUCAAAAUAUGGAAACCCAAACAGGUCGCCUCUCUCCACAACCAUCUGUAAUAUCCAUUGAUCCUGUUUUAUCAAGGAAUGAAUCAUGUAGUUCAUUUCUUUCAGAAUUGGAAUCUCGCCCUUGCAAGAACAAGAUUCUUAAAGGCAAUCUAGAUCUUUUAGCAGAUACAACUUUAACCAAUUUUCUUCCCAUGGAAGUCACUGAUCUUGACAUUGCUGUUUCAGAUGAUGAUAAUAGCAGGAAUGGUCAAAGGCACUACUCACUGGGUGACCCUGCUCUAGCAGGAACGUUUUCUUCCUCCAUUGAUUCCGAAUCUCAAACAGUGACAUCUGCUUCGGAUCUGGAUCUAUUGUUACAUGCCGUAAAUCAGCCAGUUGCCGUAACAGCCGCUCAAGGAACGGAUACACAGACUCAGACAGCCGAGGAUGAAUUGUUGGAUUUCUUGAUGACAAACAUGGAGACCCAAACAACCGAAGAUUGUCUAUUUCCUGGAUUUGGUUUAUCGGAUAUUGAGACCCAAACGUCACUUACUCCCGGAAUUAGUGGAGUAAACUGUGUGGGAUAUAACCAAUCUCAAAUUGAGAGAGGCAUUUCAAUGUGUUCAACUAGUACAAGUCCGGAUACAUCAUUUCUUUUAGAUUCCCUGGUGACAACAGAAACACAAACUAACCCCCAGUCAUAUAAUGAUCCGGAUUUCACCGUUUUAACUGACAUGGAAACUCAAACGACUUUUAAUACUCUUGACUUUUAUACUAACUUGACCGAUUCUCAUACCCAGACCUCAUUUUAUUAGAUACUUGAAGCAUAAGUCCUAUUUGGAAGAACAAGAACUAGAGGCGAAUACUAGUGUCGGAUUUGGCGGUUCCGCUUACUAAGCCCCUUCCAAUGCAUUCACCCCCACGACCAGAUGAAGAUGAAAGUGCAUUUUAAACACAAUCAAGCAAGGUCGAUGGUGAUGGCGGACGUUAACGUUUACAGUGCUUGUAAGAAAGACAGAAAGUAUUAUAUACCUUUGAGGGCCCCUUUGCCUCAUCCUGCCAAGCGUAUGGGUAAAUCGCCCGGCACUGAUGAAUACAUUAUUAUUUUAUAACUAGAAUUCUAGAUGUGAAAGCUAAAUUAUUUUGUGUCAUGCAAGUUUUUUGUGUGGACAGAUUAAUUUGUCAAAAUAUGUAAGGUACCUAUUCUAGUGAAUGCUAAUUGUAGGCCGCUUUAUAACAAUGAGUAUUUUGGGGAAUACUAACCCUAACCCUUUUAAGAGGGAUAAAAGUAAAUUAGCUCAGCCUUCUAAAAAGGGUUGGGGUUUAUAUUGGUUUGGCUUUCUUUUAAAAAAAUUCUCCAUGGGAAAUCCAUGGUUUGCACGUGCGGUUUUGGGCAUGCUAAUUGGGAAAGAUUAUUGAAAUUUCAAUUGUGUAGUUGCAAAUAGGAGAGUAAACAAUGUUGAGGACAGAAUGGAAAUAAUAGGAUAUUCAUAUUCCAUAUGCCCCUCAUGGGUAUACCCAUGAGGUCCUACUACACAUCCGUCUUCAUUAGCCCAGUCAGUACAGAACAGUAGGACAUUAAACCCCAUAAUCAUAUUAUUUGUCCGUGUAUGGUUGAUCACAAAUGCAAUUUUGGUUAAUCUGAUAAGCCAUCUUUAUGCUAAACGAUUACUUUAUAAAUAGUGCAAUAAAAAAACUGAAGGGGUGCAAAUUAUAUCCGGUAAUGAAUAAUUGUGCUUUCACCAUUUUUCAGACUUAUAUUCCUACUCAAAUAUAAGUGACAACAUAAACAUUUUGCUUAUUAUAACAUAUUGUUGGUACAAUGAUUAAAUAGAGUUCAUUUUAUUGCUUUGUUAUACCUUUAAUAUGUAAAAUUGCCAUUGUUCAGCUCAAAGCUUGAUUGCCGCUAUGACUUUAAUUUGUGAUAUAAACCUAUGUAGUUGAUGUAUAUUUAUGAAUUGUUUAUUAUGUUUCAUGUAAUAUCGAUAUUAAAUUAUUAGAAAAC